ACUAUCAUGGUUAAUUAUCUAUUUGAAUUGUUUGAAAGUCGUCACCAUUUUUAUUAAUUUCUUUCUGAUUUAUCCAAUGUUAUUAAAAGUAAAUGGUAGUUUUGAGAUGCCUACACAAUAAACAUACACUAAAAAACAGGGUAAAUUGGACCAACUGUUGCUUGUUAUUUCACUUCAGUAUCUCUCAAUUUUAGCAUGGUGUCAGAAAAAGUUUCUUGAUUUCUAGGUUUAAAAGAAGUUUUUUAUUUUUCUCUUUUUUAUUUUUAUAAUUAAUAAUUAUUAUCAUAAAAUUAUUUUAUUUUAACUCAAUUUAUUAAGAAAAUUAUUAAUUAUAUAUAUGUUAUUUGUUAUUAAUUAAAAUUAAUUUAUAACAAUCUAGGAAAAUAAUAAUAUAAUAAUAAUUUUUAAAAUAAUAUUUUAUUCUCUCUCUCUUUCAAAUUUUUUACUUUUAGGAUGAUCAUGUGAAAAUUUAGGGUGGGAGCAUUAUCAUAGAUGGAACUUCACACCAUAUGUGUAACAGAAGAAGCUAGCUGCCAAAGGGAGCCAGCAAAAUCCUCGUUUGUUCCUCUGUAAGUUGUAAAAGAGGUGAAAAUGGAAGCGUUUCACAGCAAACAACUAAUUUCAAGAACACCAAAAACAGCCAAUGCACAGAGGCUCGCACUCACACACAUACAAAGAAACAGAGAAAGGAUAUGGCGAUGAUCUUGAACAUCAACUUCAUGGGAUUUGCUAUUCUUGCAAUGGCUGGAAUUCUGAUUUCCAAUGGAUCCAAUGUAGGUCUGGGUCAACCAUGCGAAGGUGACCUGCAAGGUCUAAUAACACAGUGUGCUAUGUAUGUUCAAAAGGGAGGUCCAAGAAUGGAUCCAUCUCAAGGGUGUUGCAAUGUAAUAAAGUAUGUUGAUAUUCCAUGCGUGUGCAAGUACAUUUCCAAGGAGAUUGAGGACGUUAUUGACAUGGACAAGGUUGUUCAUGUUGCUGAUUUCUGUGGCAAACCACUUAGCCAUGGCAUGAAAUGUGGAAGUGAGUAACAAUUCAAUCUUUUCUGGAUUUUAUUUCUUUUAUUUGCUU